CAAGAACUACCACGUCCUGCGUGCACCGUCUCUCCUUGACUGGCACAUUUCUACUUAAUACUUCUUUAGAUGCCUGCAACGUCCAGACUCCCAGAACUUCGUGAUCUUAUAAGAGAAAAGCAGGAUGCACUGCCGGAAACGAAACGACGCAGGAUCGCACCGCGACGCGCUGCAGAUGGCCAGCGUGAGGGUCAGGAUCGUCUGAACAAGGAGUACACAGCUGAGGCAUAUGUUAUUUUGAACCACAUACAUACUCUCAACCGCAUGCUGGCUGCGGUCCGGAAACCAUAUCUCAACCUUGACUCACGCCAUGCCCCACUAUCACGGCAAUCCUCGCGGACCAUAGACUUGGGUUCCGCAGACCAGUCAUGGGCCAACAUCCGCCACUUGUCAAAUGAAGAAAGAGACCAAAUUGAUCUGCAGGCCAGAGUCAUUUUGUCUCGAUGUUCUGAGAGAGUUAGAGAGCUGGAAGCAGUGGAGAAACGCCGGGCUGAGCUUGCUGCAAGUCGAAAGAACCCUCUCACGCGGUUGUUACCUGCUCGACUCCGGCAGGACGAUGAGACCGCGGCUUCCGACUUCAUUGCGGCGCACCACGCUAGUGUUACGUGGUACCUCAGUCGACGCCUGACUGAGGCCAGUCAGAAUCUUAAAGAGAUGCAAGAAGAACGGAUGAAACGGCAACUGGAGCGGACUCGCACGCUCGGGUCGGGAGCUGCCAGGGAGGCGAUGUACAUGGAUAUGGCCGAUUCAGUUCCGUCACCGGCCGAAUCAUCGUCGAGCGGGAGCUGGCUGGGAGGCGCAACAAACCUCGCAUCUAGUUUUGCUGCCUCGAUCGGGUCGCAGUCAAACGAUGCUCUGAGCUCUACCGCCACUCUGAAACCUAUUCAGAUGCCCACAGACGACCUUAUGGACGAGACCGAUGAAGAGGACCUCGAACUGACGGCGUCGCAGAUUAUGCAAUUCGAGACGGAGAAUGCCAACAUUCUUCAGUCGGUGCAGGAUACCCUGGCGUCUGUGCAUCAAGCAGAGUCACGCUUGAUGGAGAUCAGCGCGCUGCAGGCAGAGCUUGUCACGCAUCUCACAAAACAGACAGAGCAGACGGAGCAGCUGUACGAGGAUGCAAUUGCAACAGCCGCCACAGUGGAGAAAGGGAAUGUUCAACUGAGGGAGGCCAGGCGAAGAGCUAGGGACAGCAGGAAAUGGAUACUCCUCUUUCUCAUCGGAGCUAGUCUGUCCUUAUUGUUCCUACAUUACUACUGAUCUUGCUGUCUUGGAUUAGGACGGUUGUUUGUAUAUAUUCAAUGUUAUCACCCA